CUAAAGCGAGGGGAAACCUGCCCCCUCCGCAACCUCAGCGCCCGGCGCUGGCUCUCCAGCUGUUUGUAGGCCUGGGGGUGAGGGUCCGCGCGAGCGGGAGAGAGAGAGAGAGAGAGAGAGCCGGCCGCGUCCGCCCGCCGCCGCUGCUGCUGCUCCGCCUCCGGUAAGGGCCGCCGGGAGGGCGACUCUGCUGCUGCUGCCGCCCGUGCUCCUGACUGCCGGGCACUGUUCCCACAGCCCGCGCUGUCCGCCACGUCCCCGGUGUCGGCCGACGGCACAGCGUGGCGGGUGACCUUUCGGAGCCCGGCGCGAUGACGGCUCCCGGCUCCGGGCGGGCUCGGCUUCCCCGGCGCCGCGGGCUCGGGCUCGUGCAGUUCCCGCCGCCGCUGCUGCUGUUACUGCUGUUGCUGGCGGCCGCGGGGCCGGCGCGCGGCUGGGAGAGCGGCGACCUGGAGUUGUUCGACUUGGUGGAGGAGGUGCAGCUCAACUUCUACCAGUUCCUCGGGGUGCAGCAGGAUGCUUCAUCUGCAGACAUUAGAAAAGCAUAUCGUAAGCUUUCAUUAACUUUGCAUCCAGACAAGAAUAAAGAUGAAAAUGCAGAAACUCAGUUUAGACAAUUGGUGGCCAUUUAUGAAGUUUUAAAGGAUGAUGAACGAAGGCAGAGGUAUGAUGAUAUUCUGAUCAAUGGACUUCCAGACUGGCGACAGCCUUUAUUCUACUACAGGCGGGUGAGAAAAAUGAGCAAUGCUGAGCUGGCAUUACUUUUGUUCAUUAUUCUCACAGUGGGUCAUUAUGCUGUGGUUUGGUCAAUCUACCUGGAAAAACAACUGGAUGAACUGCUUAGUAGAAAAAAGAGAGAAAAGAAAAAAAAGACAAGCGGCAAGAGUAUGGAUGUAUCAAAACUUGGUGCUUCAGAAAAAAAUGAAAGAUUGCUGAUGAAACCACAGUGGCAUGAUUUGCUUCCAUGUAAGCUGGGGAUUUGGUUUUGCCUUACACUAAAAGCAUUGCCUCAUCUUAUCCAGGAUGCUGGGCAGUUUUAUGCUAAAUAUAAAGAAACAAGAUUGAAGGAAAAGGAAGAUGCAUUGACUAGAGCUGAACUUGAAACACUUCAGAAGCAGAAGAAAGUUAAAGUAAAAAAACCAAAACCUGAAUUUCCUGUAUAUACACCUUUAGAAAGUGCAUAUAUUCAGUCUUAUGAUCAUGGAACUUCUAUAGAAGAAAUUGAGGAACAAAUGGAUGACUGGCUAGAAAACAGAACCAGAACACAGAAAAAACAGGCACCUGAAUGGACAGAAGAGGACCUUAGCCAGCUGACAAGAAGUAUGGUUAAGUUCCCAGGAGGGACCCCAGGUCGAUGGGAAAAGAUUGCCCACGAAUUGGGUCGAUCGGUGACAGAUGUAACGACCAAAGCCAAGCAACUGAAGGAUUCUGUUUCCUGCUCCCCAGGAAUGGUCAGACUGUCCGAACUCAGAUCGACAGCCCCGCAUCCCAGGCCCGUCAGGACCGUGAUGGCCUUGCCGGACGACAUCAUCACCCAGCGAGCAGGUGCUGAGCGGGCCAUGGACGCCAAUGAAGGGGAGGACAGCGACGGGCAGGAGGGCGAGGAGCGGGGGGCCACGGCCCCCGAAAGCGGCCCGCGGCGGCGGCGGCCAGCCAGGCUGCCGGAGCCCGAGGAGAAGCUCCGCGGAAGGAGGCAGAAGGACUUCGAUAACUCAGAACAAAACACGUCCAGCGACGAGGAGAGCCAGAGGAGAGAGAGAGGCCACACCGCGGAGGAGCCAUGGACUCAGACUCAGCAGAAACUUCUGGAACUGGCAUUACAGCAGUACCCAAAAGGAUCCUCUGACCGCUGGGACAAAAUAGCCAAAUGUGUCCCGUCUAAGAGCAAGGAAGACUGUAUCGCUAGGUACAAGUUGCUGGUUGAACUGGUCCAAAAGAAAAAACAAGCUAAAAGCUGAAUGUUCUGGAAGAUGAUGUUCACCUUCAUUUUCCAAAAUUAUUUUAAAACUCUCAUGCAGAAAUUUGCAUUUUGUACCUCAGUAUUUCUAUACGUCAUGUGCCUUAAUUGAAAAAACAAAUAAAUAAAUAAAUUUAAAAGAAA